GACCUACUUAUAUAUAUAUAUAUAUAUAUAUUUACCUGCGCGAUCCGCGAGGCUCUAAUAUUCUAUUGGAAACGCUGCGAAUAACGAUUUUUAUUUUGUAAUAUGCCAUUUUGCCACUCCAUAGCAUGUGAUAUUAUAUUUUUGUGUAAAUCUGCUUGACAGAACGUUCCCAUUUAAAAGAGACAGGAUGCCCCAUGGAGCCAUACGAUUUCCUUUUGGAAAGUGUCGUGUCUGCCAGGACCACGCUACCGGAGUGCAUUACGGAGUGGCCACCUGCGAAGGAUGCAAGGGAUUUUUCAAAAGAAGCACUAUGAGGGGAGAGAAAUACAAAUGUUUCUUUGGUGGAGAGUGUGAAAUCACUCCGCAGAACCGAAAUCGCUGUAAAUCCUGUCGGUUCAGAUUAUGCUUAGAAUGCGGGAUGUCAUUAGAAGCUGUGAAGAUGGGGAGGAUCCCAAAGUUAGAAAAGGAGCGGGCUCUGGAGCUGGCCCAGCGUGAUGGACAGUUCAUCAGAGAAAGAGUUAAUGUAUUUAACAAAAACGGUCAAAAGAACAGUGACAGCAAGACAAUUAAAGAGGAAUCACAAACUCCUGAUGUGGCUUAUGAUUCCAGUCAAACUCAAAUGGAGUAUACUUCUUUCAGCAGUGUUGAUGACAAUCAUCCAAUUUAUUCCAAAAAAGCCCAGAUGCCCAUUAUGUCAUAUGACUCCUCAGACAGUAGCCAAUCAAAGUCAGAUAUAUUUUAUGAGCAAGGGAAGUCUGGCUCAUUGAGUUCCAAUGAUUCCUUUAAUGAGUCCCAGAGUGGCAAUCUGCUGCAGGAGGGCGGCAACUCACAAAAAAAUCCUUGGAAGUCCCAACCUCACUACCCAGCACCAGUAUUUGAGUCUAGUUAUGACAUCACCUCCCUCACUUUCUCAUCCCACCCAGAACAAGGUGCCAAGAUGCCAGCAGUCUCCACACAGUGCUCCUCAGUCUUUAAGAAAUUCAAAAUGGAGUUCUCUCCCUUCUCGGAUAGUGGUACUCACAAGUAUCCAUUGAAGAGAACUACUGAUAGUUCUGUGACGGACUCGGGGGAAUACCAGCCUGGGAUAUAUGUCACAAAAUCUAUCCACAGUUGUGAUCCCGUCUCCUCAUUGGAGUUCAUCACCAGACCUCACAAAGAAAGCGAUCUGCAAUAUGGGACAGCCUCAAGUACAGCAGACCAGUGUGUGAGGGGAAAAAUUUCCCCAGGACGAGCUGAGUCUGAUUUGUUUCACCAUGACAUGAGAGACCAACCCUUUCUAGCAGACCCACAAUAUGUCAGUUCCUCCUCCUCAAGUAUUGAAUCCACAAUUUGGGACAAGGAAAUUCUGAGGAAACUUCAGCUCAAUGAUUAUGACUUUAAAACGGAUUUCAACAAUUCUGAGAUAUAUGCAACAGUUCGUAGUCACUACAAAUUCCUUUGUGAUGUAGAACCAGGGGGAAUGUUCAACAAGCUUCCUCUGUAUAUUCAAACACUGCAGCAGUUAGACAUUUGUCAGAAAAAUGGAGUGCUUCUUAAACUUCAGGAAACACCAUCAGACAUGAUUGACAAGAUCUGUAAGACCCUGGCGAUGGAGGAUAAGCACGCAAUCAGCAAGGAGGGGAUCAGCAUGGGAAAAGAUUCCACAUAUCUAAUUCAGGGAACACUCCAAAGGCUGAAAUAUUCCAUGGAUCUCCUCUGGAAGCCCAUCUGGCUGAUGCGGCAGUACAUUAGGCAGGGCCUGUCCAGCAUGCCCAGCUCUUUGGUGUUUACUGGUGAUGAGGAGGCUGACUUGAAGGAGACUUGGCCAUUUCUGAUGGCGUCCGUGGGGUUUUACAAUGAUCUAAUCUUGGGUUUUUCCUUUGCAUGUCCAGGAUUCAAAAACUUACAGAAUGACCUAAAGGAGUACCUCAUACAGAGGGCAUACUUCGAUAUUUGGGUGCUUACAAUGGCAGACUUUUGCAUCGAUGGUAAAUGCCACUUUCCGCUGCCAAACAUGAAAAUAUAUACCAAUUCCACAAUGAUUAAAAUCUUAAAAGAAAAUACCUUCCUGGAAAUCACAACUGUUUUGGAGAAGAUCAAUAGGUGUCAACUUUGUGACCUGGAAAUUGGUCUACUGUGUGUCAUUUUCCUGAUAGAUGCAGAUGAUGAUAAAUUGACAUCGAACUCCAGCAUGAACUUGGAGCCACUGAGGACCCUCCAUUCCCACUACUUGGAUAUCCUGUCAACUGUUGUGUCCAAGAUCCACACAACUCAGAGCACCAAGCGACUUAAAGACAUCUUUAGCCUGACCCCGCUCAUCAAAAAGCUGUCAAUGAGACUACAACUCCAGAUCACAUUGUACAAUGUUGAACAGAUCCCUGAUGAAGAUUGUCUACAGACCAUUGCCUUUAACACACAAGCCACAGUGGAGAAAAAUCACACAAUAUGAGGCCAGAGACUGCACUACAGGGAAAACACAACUUGACAAUCAACUGGGAGGGUUUAACUUGUCAAUCAAAUCGAGAGGAUUAACCUUCCCAUGAAGUCUAUGAUAUUUACCGAAAUCUAUGGAAAUCCUUCUAAGAGUUUUUCAGGGUUCUUUGUGUUGUAGACAAACAGGAAACUCCAGCUUCACAGUCCAAAAUAAUUAUAGCUAUUUAUAGAUGUAUUUAGUUGUUGUAUGACUGAUUUCAUUCUGGUAUGAUUGAUUUCCACAGUGGUAUAUAUAGAUGUAUUUAGUUGUCGUAUGAUCGAUUUCCACAGCGGUAUAUAUAGAUGUAUUUAGUUGUCGUAUGAUCGAUUUCCACAGUGGUAUAUAUAGAUGUAUUUAGUUGUCGUAUGAUCGAUUUCCACAGUGGUAUAUAUAGAUGUAUUUAGUUGUCAUAUGAUCGAUUUCCACAGCAGUAUAUAUAGAUGUACCGUAUAUACUCGCCUAUAAGUCGGAUUUUUGGGAGUCAAUUUUUGGUCCAAAACUCCAUCUCCGACUUAUAGGCGCGUCCUAAGAAGAUUGGUAUUUUUCUGGGCGGCGAAAUGCAGUGAUUGUUUUAACAACUCCGACGAUUAUCAUGGACUACCACACAAAUGAUCAUUGUUCACAAAUAUCUAGACAUAUUGUAUUGUUUAUGUAUUUUAAAAUUAUGUAUAAAGUACAAGUAUUUACAUAUUUUUAUCUAGUUAAAAAUUAUUUACAUACCGGUAACUAAUACUUUCAAUUCAACUAAUCUAUCGUUUAUCGGUAAAAUUGAAUUACGAACCCGAUUAAAUACGGAAAUAUUCAUAUGUAUACCGGCUGAAAUAUAUUUCAUAAAAGAUUGAAUAUUGUUAACAGACAAUUUAGAUCAUCAUUCUUGACUCUAUUGUUGAUACAAUGAAUUAUACCGGAAUCCCACAAUAACAGUUUUCGCGAGGCGCGUAGGAGACCAUAAUUGCUUAGGUAAACAAGGGAUCAUUGUCCAUAAUAGAUCAAGGGUUGCGUUUAAACCCCAAACAGAUAUGGCUUGGAUAUUGAGUACUUCAUAAUAAUUAUUAAUUUCUCAAAAAUAUUUUUGAAACAUAGGUAAAAACACUAGAGCAUGGACUUGAAAAUGUCAACCGAUUCUGACAAAAAUUUGUACCGACUUAUAAGCGGGUCAAUGGCAAAUUCCUACAAAAUAACCUUGAAAAAUACAACCGACUUAUAGGCGGACCGACUUAUAGGCGAGUAUAUACGGUAUUUAGUUGUCAUAUGAUCGAUUUCCACAGCGGUAUAUAUAGAUGUAUUUAGUUGUCGUAUGAUCGAUUUCCACAGCGGUAUAUAUAGAUGUAUUUAGUUGUCGUAUGAUCGAUUUCCACAGCGGUAUAUUAUAUACAUUUGUAGAUGUAUUUAGUUGUACAUAGUGGUAUACUGUAAACCAACUUUAAUUUGAAUGUGAGAAAUUUUCUCAAGAUUCAUGAAAAUGUCAUUCUAGCAAAUAUUUCUCGCAGCAAACCAGUCCUUUGAUGUUUCGUAUUUGUUAAGAUAAUCUUGGUUGUAAAAAUUAGUCAGCGCGGUCCAGUUUAUCUCCGAUAAAUCAUGAAUCACAAAUGAUAGUUGGUGUACAGUAACUUAAUUCCACACUAGUGAGACUGAUUUACACACUAGUACAUGUGAGACUGAUUUACACACUAGUACAUG